UGAGAGUUUUACUAUUGUUCAUCUUUUUACUAGCAAUCAAUGCUAUGAGAAUAAAGCAGGCUCAGGAUACCUCUGCCAUAGCAAAUCUCGCUUCUGAAGCAACUGGAAAUAAUGAUUCAGGAGAGCAGACUCUUUCCAUGGAUGAUAUUAACGAUAUUCUGAUUGCUGCUAACUCUCAGAUAGAAGAUUGCGCACCAAACCAAAACCAGAAUGCGGAUCCAAAUCUCAAUUACAGGUGCCAAAGAGUUACAACUCCUAAUACUGAAACAAUAUAUGAGACUUAUUCUGAUGAUGGAGGAAAUGUCGUUAGCUCUUUAGUUACAACAAACUCAAUUAUAACAAAUGUUGACCCUACUGAUGGCACUGAUGCACAAUCAGCUGAUGAUGAUGGCUCUAAUGAUAAUCAAGAUGAUGACUCAAGUGGAGAGAGAAUUCAAACAAAUCAGGAAAGUACUGAUGACUCCUCUUCUAAUGAUCAAACAGAUACUGAUACCACAGAUGAGGAUACUGCAGAAAAUAGCGAUCAAAAUCAAGAAGAAGAAAGCAAUAACAAUGAUGAUUCUAGAAAUGCAGAAAAUGAAGAAGAUAAUAAUCAAGACGAUUCCGAUGAUUCAAAUGAUGAAGAUCCUCCUAGCCCAAAUGAAAGCCGUUGCUUACAAAAUGUCAACUCAUGCUUAAUGAUCACAGAAAAUGUUCCAGUUGACUGGGAAAUGUAUUAUGAAUGCUACAACAAUGCUCUUCAAUCAGCAUACUGACAAUCAGGAUUCGGAGAAUAA